GAUGCACUUCGUCCGGCGUGCGUUGCGUACGUGUAAGGGGCAAUAAAUCUUUUACAUUUUAACUAAUGCUCAGUGUGCUCAUGUUGAAAGUGGAGUUUGAUCUCCGGCUGCGUGAAGCGAGCGUCCCGUGUGUUCAUCCUCCGCUAAUUCUUGGCCAUGCUUGUGCUUUGUUGAGAGAUGGCCUUGGACCUUGCAGUAACCCAAAAAGGGAGCACGAUGUCUACGACGCCGUCUCCAGGUGGAGGAAGUACUUCCUUCAUAGCUGUGGACAUCGUGGUCCUGGUGCUCUACUUUAUGUUUGUGCUGGCUGUGGGCUUUUGGUCCAUGUGCAGGACGAAGCGCAGCACAGUGGAUGGCUACUUCCUGGCAGGGAAGAGCAUGACCUGGUGGCCGGUGGGGGCCUCGCUGUUUUCCAGUAACAUCGGCAGCGGGCACCUCAUCGGUCUGGCCGGUUCCGGCGCGGCAGCGGGAAUCGGGGCGAUCGCCUACGAGUGGAAUGUACGAUACUCCAAGUCGGUUACCCAUAAGAAACGCCUCCAGCGAGCCUCGCCGUGCUCAAAGCUUGCGUGUUGCGUUGUGACAGGGAAUGUUGAUGGUGCUGCUGCUGGCGUGGAUCUUUCUGCCCAUUUAUCUGGCCUCUGGGGUGACGACCAUGCCGGAAUAUUUACAGAGGCGAUUUGGCGGGAGAAGAACGCACUUGUUCAUAGCCGUCUUGUGCUUGUUUAUUUACAUCUUCACCAAGAUCUCAGUCAGGUGGACAUGUAUGCCGGUGCAUUGUUUAUAAAGCUGGCUUUGCAGUGGGACAUCUACCUGGCUGUGGUGCUCCUGCUAUCUGUCACUUCGCUCUACACUAUAGCAGGUGGUUUGGCUGCAGUCAUCUACACCGACGCUGCUCAAACGGUUAUCAUGCUGGCGGGAGCGCUCAUCCUUAUGGGCUUUAGUUUUGCUAAGGUGGGAGGCUGGAACGCUCUGAUGGAGGGCUACCUGGACGCCAUCCCAUCGGUUCGCGUCCCGAACACGACAUGCGGCAUCCCUCGAGAGGACUCCUUCCACGUAUUCAGGGACCCGGUGGACUCUGACCUCCCGUGGCCGGGCGUCCUCAUCGGCAUGUCACUUCCUUCCAUGUGGUACUGGUGCUCUGAUCAGGUGAUCGUGCAGCGCUCACUGGCUGCCAAAACGCUGACUCAUGCAAAAGGCGGCUCCCUAUUGGCCAGUUACCUCAAGAUUUUGCCUUUUUUUACCAUCAUGUUGCCCGGCAUGAUCAGCAGGAUACUUUACACAGAUGAGGUAGCGUGUGCCGAUCCAGAGUUGUGUAAGCAGAUCUGCGACAACCCGGCAGGAUGUACUGACACCGCCUAUGCCAGACUGGUCAUGGAACUCCUUCCCGCUGGACUGCGAGGUCUGAUGAUGGCUGUGAUGAUUGCUGCGCUGGUGUCCUCCCUCACAUCAGUCUUUAACAGCGCCAGCACCAUUUUCACCAUGGACCUGUGGAAGACGUUCCGAUCCGCCGCCUCCGAGUGGGAGCUUAUGAUUGUGGGGAGAGUGUUUGUGCUCGUAAUGGUGGUGGCGUCCAUUUUCUGGAUUCCCGUCAUCCAGGCCAGUCAGGGGGGGCAGUUGUUUAUCUACAUCCAGUCUAUCAGCACCUACCUGCAGCCCCCCGUGUCCGUCAUCUUCCUCCUGGGCUGCUUCUGGACCAGGACCAAUGAGAAGGGCGCAUUCUGGGGCAUGGUGGUGGGACUGACGGUGGGCUGCACCCGCAUGCUGUUGGACUUCAUCUACCCGGCCCCGCUGUGCUUCGAGCAGGACGACAGGCCCGCCGUGGUCAAAUCGGUCCAUUACCUCUACUUCUCCACGCUGCUGUCGUUCAUCACGCUGGCGGUGGCCGUUCCGGUCAGUCUGGCCACCGAGAAGCCCAAAGCCGAGCAGAUUCAUGGUCUGACUUGGUUCACAAGAUGUGCCCCAAUUGAGGCCAAAGAGCCGCCCUUGGAGGAGGUAACAGGUCACCAGAUGGAAAGGAAAGGAAAGGAAGAAGACCACACAAGAAAAGAUUCAUCCGGCUCGCGUUCCGGCGUGCGACAUCAGUCCAGGCUGGCUUCGGCGCUCUACUGGCUGUGCGGGAUGGAGAGACGGGAAAAGGAAGCGGAGAGGAGCCCCGCGACGCCCGUGGCCCCUGACCUCAGUCAACUGAAAGAAAAUCCGUGUCUGAAACAGGUGGUCAACGCCAACCUCAUCGUUUGCCUCUCCGUGGCCGCGUUCAUCAUCGGCUACUGGGCUUGAGCGGGCGCACCGCCGUGCUCCUCAAACAUGUCUUAAGGAGCCUGACGGCCUACAAGGUUGUGUACUCUUUUUUUUAAAAACAUUUCCGCCUUUCUACUAAACUAAAAAAGAGGUGCUUUGAAAAACGAAUGCUUUUAUAACUUCAAUUUGAAGGCAGGAUACUUUAACGUGUUAAAAAUUAGAUUUAUUUGCACUUUCCACUGCCCCUUUUUGGCGUGCCGCAAGGGAGUUGAGCCCCGUUGGGGGGGGGGGGCAAUGAUCACUUCAGAGAUGGCAAAAGUACUUGCACUUUGGACUUUAAAAGUACAGAUACUUCUGUUAAAAAAAAAAACACAAAAAACCUCAGGUAAAAGUAGAGAAGUAAUGAUUACACUUAAAGCUUUUUUUGUUAAAAAAAAAAAAAGUCAUUUUCACCCGAGCCGAUGACACAAUGCUGAUGAAGCCAUUCAGCUCCUCUAACAUCUUGCUGUAUUUGUCAGUAUCUUACUUUUUUUUUUUUUUUUCAUGCUAAGUGAAUGCCCUAUUCAUUUCCCGCGCUGGCCCGGUUGGUGGCGCACUGCAAAUGAUGGCACGGAAAUGACGCAUGUCCUUCAAAACGUUGUCGAAUCACAUGCAUUGCCUACGUCAUAUGCAUAAGCGAUGGCUGUUUUGUUGUAAUGUGGAAUUCGAGCUUAGGGGGGCGCCAAAAGUUACUAUAGCUUUAAGUAAAGAAAACUGAAAUGUACUUCAGUACAAAAGGUUACGGCCCAUAGUGCAACAGCGUUCUUUUUUUCUUGUAAGUACAAAUAGCCCUUUAAAAAUGAAUAUUAUCAGCUCAAAAUGCUGCUUUGGAAUAGGCUGAUGGAAAAUAAAACUUUAUGGUUGAAGUUCACGUGUCAAAUAUCUUCUUCAAAUGCAAAAAAAAUACAAAGCCUCCAAUCUAAUUUGUUGUCUAAUUUGCACUAAAUUGAUGAUUUAGUUUAAAUCCACGAGAUGUGUGAGGGAUUACAUAUUCAAGCAUUCACAGUUUGUCGUUUUUUCUACUCAAGUGUAGUGUACCAGGCAUCUACUAUUUGCCUUGAUUUGUACAAAUGCCUACUUUACAAUAUGAAUUUCUUUUUCUUUCUCAGCUGUGUGUCCCGAUUAAAAUGAAUCCAUGCUACAAUACA